GUUUUUGACUUAUCAGAUGUAAAGCCUAAUGAAUUUGUCCGGUAUGGACUUGGUUGCCUUGACGUGUUAGCUCGACUUGGCGACUCCCGUGCAAAAGAGUGUCGUGAAAGGAUGAGAGUUAUGGUUGCAGGCGGUGAUGGUUCAGUUGGUUGGGUACUUGGGUGUCUUGGAUCACUUAACGAACAGGGUCGCGAGCCGGUUCCUCCAGUAGGAAUCAUUCCACUUGGUACAGGAAAUGAUCUAUCUAGAAGUUUUGGCUGGGGUGGUUCUUUCCCUUUUGCCUGGAAAUCAGCCAUCAAGAGAUCACUUCACAGGGCCACAACAGGUGAAAUUUGCCGUUUGGAUAG